AGUUUUCACUUCCUGUGACGUCGUCUUCUUUUAAUCUUCUUUGUCUUUUUUUAAACGUAUUUUAAUCUUUUAUUUUCAUCUUCAGUUGUGUUGCUCCGACUCUGUCGUCCUUUAUCAGACGUGCUGUUUGAAUCCUUUAUUUGCAUUUAUUCUGUUCUUAAUGAUCUCUGAUUGGUCGGUGUGUCUUUACUUCCUGUCGUUUCUUUGUCAAAGCUCUUUGUAAACAUGUCUGCUUUAUUAAUAAAGUUAUUAUUCCUUUUUUGUUAUCUAGAGAAUAUCUGACAGUAGAAACCUCAUCACUGCUUUGUCUGUCGUUGCAGGUUUUUUUUGGUGAUGCUGCAUAUUCAACAGUGUGGAGACCCCCCCUCUGACCCCCCCGGGCCAUACUUCUCUUCACAUCAGCGAGCCUCAGAGAGACAAGCUCACAGGCUCCUCCCUCUCCGUCUUGUGUUUUAUGUUUGAGUGGAGAUUCAGCGGCUCACACAAUGAACGCCUCCUCCAGCUGUGAUCCUCCGCCCAUCAGCAUGUAUCAGCACAGCGCCAGAUGUGACCUGAAUGCCGGCUGUGACGUUCUGCCUCCUCGCUGUAACUGGACCUCAGUGGACACGGGGCUGCAGCUGCCCACCUUCUCUACAGCGGCCAAAGUCAGAGUCAUCAUCACCUUCGUCCUCUGUGGCGUCUCCACCAUCUGUAACCUCGCCGUGCUGUGGGCAGCCAACGGCCGCCACAGCAAAUCACACAUCCGGGUGCUGAUGCUCAACCUGACGGCGGCCGACCUGCUGGUCACCUUCAUCGUGAUGCCGGUGGACGCCGUGUGGAACAUCACGGUGCAGUGGCUGGCCGGCGACCUGGCCUGCAGGUUUCUGAUGUUCCUCAAGCUGCACGCCAUGUACUCCUGCGCCUUUGUCACCGUGGUCAUCAGCCUGGACCGACAGUCUGCUAUUCUCAACCCGUUGGCCAUCAGCACGGCCCACAAGAGGAACAGGGUCAUGCUGAUGGUGGCGUGGACGAUGAGCGCCGUGUUCUCAAUCCCACAGAUGUUUAUUUUCCAUAAUGUGACCAUCACAUAUCCAGCAAACUUUACUCAGUGCACCACUAGAGGGAGCUUUGUCAUGCACUGGCAGGAAACAGCUUACAACAUGUUCACCUUCUGCUGCCUCUUCCUGCUGCCGCUGGUGAUAAUGAUCGUCUGUUACAGCCGGAUCUUCAUCCAGAUCUCAAGACUGCUGACCAAAAAGAACCGAUCACCCGAUGAGACACAUCUGCGCUGCUCGAAGAACAACAUCCCCAAAGCCCGGAUGAGAACUCUGAAAAUGAGCAUGGUCAUCGUGAUCUGCUUCAUCGUCUGCUGGACUCCGUACUACCUGCUGGGGUUCUGGUACUGGUUCUUCCCUGACAACCUGGAGGGAAAAGUCUCCCACUCCCUCACCCACAUCCUCUUCAUCUUCGGUCUUUUCAACACCUGCCUGGACCCCGUCGUUUACGGACUCUUCGCCAUCCGCUUCCCUAAGCGUCUGAGGAGCGGCCGCAGUAGAGCUGCAGUGAUGUCAGAGCUGCAGACAGACACUGUGACCAUGGAGGCUCUGAAGUCCACUGCGUCAGGGUCUGCUAAAAGAGGCACGACCACCGGGGACAAAGAGAGAAGCAGUGCACAGGCUACAUCAUUAAAAGGAAACACUGGACUGUUCAGCACUGAGAGCACCAUGUGA